CUUGUCUAUGUUUGAAUGUAUAAUGGAUUGGUAUAGCUGGUAACGCAAGCAGAUCUUGAUUCAAUCAUAUUCGGUCAAGUGGUGAAAAAAACAGAAGGGAAAGUGAGAGGUUCGCAUGUGUUAUUCAACUUCAGAAUAGGUGUCAAACGUAAUUUUGAUUUCGAGAGUACACGUCUGUAAAGAGAAAGCUAUUGUCUGUAAAAUGCAAUAUGGAGUCAUUUUUCGAAUUGUUUGAUCCAGAUAACGAUAAAAAUACUCGGAAAAAUAUUUGGAAUAACUCAGAAAAUGAAAUAAAUCGAAUAUCAGAUUGUGAAAAUUUAAGUAGUGAUGAUGAUCAAGAGGAAAGGCUACCACCAGAACCUGAACAGGGUAAUAUUGAAUAUAAAUUAAAACUGAUAAAUCCAUCUAGUCAACGAUUUGAACAUCUUGUAACACAAAUGAAAUGGCGUCUUAGAGAAGGUCAUGGAGAAGCUAUAUAUCAAAUUGGUGUAGAAGAUAAUGGAAAAUUAACAGGUUUAACAAAAGAAGAUAUGAAGGCAUCAUUGAAAACUUUAAAUGAUAUGGCAGCUAGAUUAGGUGCUACAACACGUAUACUACGUCAAAGAUUUGCCAAUUCUAAAAAUAAAAAUAUGUCCACAUGCAGUAACAACAAAGAUGAAAAACAAGUAGCAGAAGUUUUAGUAAAAAAAUUAAGAAAAGGAGAUAGAGAAGAUCAAGAUAGUAUUGUUGAUUUGAGACUUGCUGUCACUGGUGCACAGGAUGCUGGAAAAUCAACUCUCUUAGGUGUAUUAACCCAGGGUGAAUUAGAUAAUGGUAGAGGGAGAGCAAGACUAAAUAUGUUGCGUCACCUUCAUGAAAUAAAAACAGGCCGUACAUCAUCAAUAUCACAUGAAAUUAUAGGAUUUGAUAAUGAAGGACAUGUUUUAAAUUAUGCAGAAAUGGCAACAGCAGAAGAAAUAUGCGAGCAUGCGUCAAAAGUUGUUACAUUUAUAGAUUUAGCUGGUCAUCGCAAAUAUUUAAGAACAACGGUACUCGGUCUUACAGGAUAUUCACCUCAUCAUGUAAUGUUAGUUGUAGCACCACCUAUGAAUGAAGCGUCGCAAGAACAUAUGGCAUUAUGCCUUACAUUGAGACUUCCAUUUUUUAUAGUUGUAAACAAAAUUGACCUUGGUUUUUGCAGUACACCCGAAACGAUAAAUCAAUUAGAGAAUGCUAUUAACGCACAAGGAUAUUCAAAGCAAUUAAUAAUGUAUAAUAAUAGUCAAAUGUCGUGGGAUUUUGAAUCAGAUAUAAUACCUGUGUUUAAUGUAAGUUGUGUUACUGGAGAAGGUUUGGAAGAUUUAACAAAUUUUAUAAAAAAUUUGUCACCAUAUAAUGUAAAUUCUACAGAUUCAGAUUCUGAAUCGUGUUUAUUUCAAAUUGAUGAAACUUUCAGAGUAGCAGGUUUGAAUGAACCUGUUUUGGGAGGAUUACUCGUAAAAGGAGCAAUUGCUCUUGGAACUCGAUUGUUAGUGGGUCCUUUACCAGAUGGCGAAUUUAGUCCCGUUAAGGUCGUUAGUUUACAUCGUAAUAAAGCUCCAUGUUGUCUAGUAAGAGCAUCACAAAGUGCUAGUUUAACAUUAGCACCGUCGACAAAUCGAAGUCCCCCUUUACCUCAUCUACGACCUGGAAUGGUUUUGAUAUCGGUAUGGGAUCAGCCUCAUGCGACACUUUUUUUUCAGGCAACCGUAUUAAUAGUAUACCAUGCGACUGCAAUAUUUUCUGGUUUUCAAACAACUGUGCAUGUAGGAAAUGUAAGACAAACAUGUAUUAUAAAGGGAAUAAUGGACGCGAAGGACAGAGGUUUACAGACAAACGAUACAGCGUCUGUGCUAUUUAGGUCAACAGAACAGUAUGCAGUAAAUUAAAUAAAAUUUUAUUUAUAAAAAAGUAUUAGAAUGUGCAAAACGUUUACGAAGAUAUAAAGAAACUUAAUUACUUGAAUUACUAGAUGUUAUUACAUCAUGCGCCUAGCAUAAGUAUCAUAAAUCAUACAUAUUUGUUAUAGAACAAAUAAGGGAAAUUCUUUUUGUUUUCGAAUUUAAUCUUUUAAAGUAGAGACAUUUUUUUUAUAUAAGAAAGGCAAAUACGAUAUUUUUAAUAAUUUUUUGUAAAUUCUUUUCUGUUUAAAAAAAUUGUAUAUUAUUAAGAAUAGGACAAAUGAAGCAGCAAACACGAUCAAAUCACAAUUAUUUGUUUAUAACUUAAAUACUUUUGCUUUAGGUGCAUUAGCUUUGUUGUGAAGAAAAGAAAUCUUAAUCUUAUAAAAUUUCUACUAUUAUUUUAUUAUUGUGAUUAUAAUCAUAUCUUCGUUUCAUUAUUAUGGAAUUUAUUUAUGGAUUGAUUAUUUAUGAAAUGAUUUAUUUCAUCAUGAAAUAACAUGAAAUGAAAGAUCAUUUUAACUAUUUAAUGUCAUCUUUUUGCGUGUGACGCUCAAAUUUAAAAAUUUUUCAUGAGAGCAAUCAUUAUAAUAAUGUAAUGUUUCUCUGUAAAAUUUGAUCUUGACUACGAAUCUAUUUGCUCUGCUAGUAUUUAAAAAAAUAAGGAAUUAAAAAAAUUUAUAGUGAUUAAAUAUAGAAUAUUUUUGCGAUCGAUUACUGUCAUGAAAUGAUAAAUAUUGUCUUUCAUUCUUAAAACUUUAAAGAAAAAAUUAUAUUAUAUACUAUAAAUUGUACGUAUAAAUCUGUCAAACAAAUUAAAGAUGGUUAUAUUUACGUAUGUUUUAUGAAAUUGAAAAAAAA